CAAAUGGAUAUGGAAAUCAAUGCAAAUGAAAGCGAGCACGACUCUACUUGCUUGAACUGGUCCUACAACACUUUAUUAAAAAUGUUAUAAUGAUUGAAUUCUGCAACUAAUACAUAGUAUUUUCUUCUUAAGAUAACAAUCUAAAGAUUCAAAAACCUCUUUUGAGUCAAAAACCUCUGCCUGCAAAUGAAGAAAAGUCCAAUUCCCUAUAGCCCUCAGUUAAACCAAAAUUAUCAAUUCUCCAAAUCCAAACAUGGGGAUGACAGGAAUGAAUCUAAGAAAAAAGGCCAAAGUUCUCAAUCUGCCCUUAGUUAUAUCAGGGCUGCAGCUAAGAAAUUUGCUGGAAUUAUCACAUUGGCUUUUCUCUUCAAACAAAGCAAGGCCAGCUUAAAAGCCACUAAUAAUGGCCAAUUCAGAGGAGUUUCCACUCCUAGUGAUAUUUCAACAGGAAGCUAUAGCAGAAAUUCAUCAUCAAAAUACAGAUUAUCUGAGUCAUAUGGCUCUAAUGGUGGCGCCGCGAGUGGAAAGAUUGGGACACCCAAUUUCACUUUUGCAGAGAUUAAUAAGGCAACCCAGAAAUUUUCUCUGGCAAAUAAACUAGGUGAGGGUGGAUUUGGAGCAGUGUACAAGGGGUUACUUCAAAAUGGUACAUUGAUAGCUGUAAAACGUGCUAAGAAGAAAACAUAUGACAGGGCUAUAUCAGCUGAAUUCAGUAAUGAAAUUUUAACCCUUUCUACUAUUGAGCAUAUGAAUUUGGUGAGGCUAUAUGGAUAUUUGGAGCAUGAAGAUGAGAGGAUCAUUGUGGUUGAAUAUGUUGGCAAUGGGACACUAAGGGAACAUUUAGAUGGUAAACGUGGGGAUGGACUAGAAAUGGCCGAGCGUCUAGAUAUUGCAACUGAUGUAGCUCAUGCAGUUACCUAUCUCCACAUGUACACAGAUCCUCCAAUAAUCCACAGAGACAUAAAAGCAUCAAACAUCCUCAUCACAGAGAAGCUAAGAGCAAAAGUGGCAGAUUUCGGGUUUGCACGGAGAACUGCAGAACAAGAAACUGAUGCAACUCACAUUUCAACCCAAGUUAAAGGCACAGCAGGCUAUUUGGAUCCUGAGUACCUUAGAACUUAUCAACUGACAGAUAAGAGUGAUGUUUACUCCUUUGGAGUACUACUUGUGGAGCUCAUGACAGGAAGACAGCCCAUUGAAACAAAAAAACCAGAUAGUGAGAGAUUAACAUUAAGAUGGGCAAUGCAGAAGUUGAAACAUGGAGAACCAGUACUUGCCAUGGAUCCAAGACUAAGGAGAAAUCCAGCUUCAAACAUGGCAUUAGAGAGAGUACUCAAAUUAGCUCAAGAAUGCGUAGCUCCUUUGAGAAAUUCAAGACCUUCCAUGAAAAAAUGUGGUGAGGUUUUAUGGGAAAUAAGAAAAGAGUUCAGAGAAAAAGCCUUCCCACCUCAUCCUCCUCCUACUUCUCACCAUUCAUCCAAUUUUCCUCAAGGAGAUCCAAGGUUCACUAGACAUAUAACUUUUGGGAUUGAAGAUGAUAGUUAUAAAUUUAUCUCAGCGUAAUGUAUUAUAUUAGCAAAACACAAAGAGUGAUAUUAUUUACAUAAAUCUAUAUUUUUGGGAGUGGGGAUUUGUUCAUAAUCAUACAUACAUACAACAUUUACUGUAAAUUCUUUCAAUCGCAAUGUCAAGUAAUGAAAAGGGUGUAAUUUGUUUUUGUGAUUC